UCCAUUCUCUCUCAUUCUUCCAAGCAGGUUUCAGCUAUGUGGCUCUUUCUGGCUGCCCUGGUGGGCCUUUGGCUCCUUUGCCGAUGGUACCUGGAAAGACAAAUAGUGGAGAACCUGACAGAGAAAUACAUCUUCAUCACUGGCUGUGAUUCUGGCUUUGGGAAACAGCUGGCCAGGCAGCUGGAUGCUCGGGGUCUGUGGGUGUUGGCCGCUUGUCUCACUCCAGAAGGGGCAGAACAGCUGGAAAAGGUCACAUCGGACCGGUUAAAAACCACUCUACUGGACGUCACCAAUACUGAGAAUGUUGCAGCAACAACUGAGUGGGUGAAAACCUGCGUGGGGAACAAAGGACUUUGGGGGUUAGUAAAUAAUGCAGCCAUUAAUUAUCCGGUUGCUCCCAAUGAGUGGCUGAAGAAGGAGGACUUUGCCAAGGUGCUGGAGGUCAACUUGCUUGGCCUGAUUGAUGUGACACUCCACAUGCUGCCCCUGGUGAGGAGAGCCAGAGGUAGAGUGGUCAACUUGUCUAGUGCGGUAGGAAGACUGGCAGCCCCCGGAGGCGGGUAUUGCCUCUCCAAGUUUGCUGUGGAAGCCUUCUCAGACACUUUGAGGCGAGAGCUUUCUCCUUUUGGAAUCAGAACCAGCAUCAUUGAGCCUGGGGGCUUUGCCACAAAUAUGCUAAAUAACCCAGAUCAGCACUUAAAGGGUGUCUUCAACAAAAUACCACCACAUGUCAAAGAAUUUUAUGGACAACCAUACCUGGAUGCUUAUUACAAAUAUAUCUGCACACUCGUGAAGCUAAGCAGCAAGAACUUCCGCUUGGUCACCAAUUGCAUAGAGCAUGCUUUGACGGCUCGCUAUCCUCGUACCCGUUACUCAGCCGGCUGGGAUGCAAAAUUCUUCUUCCUGCCUGUCUCUUAUUUGCCAACUGCAAUAACAGAUUACAUAUUGAGCAUUCCUCUUCCAAAGCCAGCACAAGCAGUGUAGAUUCCAUUGCAGAAAAUAUAUUACAGUUGUCCAAAUGAGCAAACAAAUUAAUUUCAGUUUUAGUGAAAAUGGGUAAGACAAUUUCACCGAUCCAAGAAUAAUGCAUAUUUUCAGCCCCAUUGUUUAAGAACUAAAAAGUCUUCAAUCUUUGAAGUAAAAGAACAGGAAGAUUUGCAAAAAGUUGUUUGUUUAUUUAUUGCUCUUAAAACAAGAUGGGAAGUCAUCCACUGUAUCUAGUAUGCUUUUAUUUGGAUUUCUGGAUGGAGUGGGUAUUGGAAUAGAUGGCCUGCCCUAAAUGGCCCAUGUGAUUCUAGGAAGGGAGGUAUCUUUCCGAUAAUAUUCCAGAGUGUCUCCAUCAUCAAUAAGGCCAAGAAACACCUGAAAAAUCAAGUCCAUUUGUACAGAAGCCAAGUGAUGUGUAGCGACAUAGUCUUUGAAUUUAGCAAGCAAAAAAGUAUGGGCCAGGCAAUGGAUGCAUGACAGCAUUUCAAUGGCUAAAUUAAUCUGUCAAAGCAUUUGGGCUGCGGUCAAUUUUACAGCUCUGAAAGACCAUGGCAAACUUUUCUUUCCCUUGAGGGCCACACCGUAUUGACUUGUAAUCUUUGAAAUAUGAUUUUUGUAGUAUAUUGUUGCAUUGGCUAACUAACAUGGUUUUCUUGUAUUUUUAAAUUUCCUUUUUCAAAUGUAUUGCCAAUAAUUAGCCAUAAACCUUAACCUUCAAGAAAAGGUUAAAAACCAUAACUGGCAGGUAAGCAUUCCAUACAUUGUAGAUGAAGGUUUCCUUUUCAUCUAUUUUCAAGCCUCCAUGAACAAAUAUUCAAGCCCAAAUCCGGAAAUUGCUAAGAAUGUAUCUUACAUUUUUACAUUUUUCUCUCUUGCAAAGGUUUGUUUGUUUUUUAUUCAGAAUACAAUGUUCUUUUCAAUCCUAUCUAUUAACAAGCCAAAUUGGUGCUAGAUAAGGAUCAAUGGGAUUUGCAAGGGACUGUACAUGAGUUUUUUGUGGCUGCGCAGCAAUUCCAAAUUGAUAAUUCAUUUAACCCCACCUUCCUCAGGCUCAGCCUACUCAUAGCCUAGAAUCUGUAAGGGAGGUGGAUAUGGGAGAUGAGGAGGUGGUAGCUUGUGUUAGUUGGAACCAUCCCAGAUCUCUUCUAAACAUGAGUCAAUUAUAAUGCAGAUUCUGCAGAUUUGAUUUGAACUCCCUGCCUGAUGAAUUCAUUUCACAAUUCUACCAUUCAAGCCACAUCUAAAUUGUGCUAUCAGGAAAGGCUCAUUCCAGUUCAAAUCUGCUACAACUAAUUUGAAUUCUUCAGUUAGCGUCUUACUCUCCCGUUGCCUUCUCGAAGUUUCUGCAUUGUGCGUGUGGCAGUGUCUUCUUGGAUGAAAUUUCCAAAAUGUUGUCCAUAAGUUUGCUAUAAAGUUUUGAUGCUAUCCAUGAUCGGUCAUUGUGCUAAAUUAUAGGGCACACCCAUCUGGCAGCUGAUGCUGUGAAGAAGCUGACAGUGAAGGACACUCAUGAUCUGAUCAUUGGAAAUUCCAUUGGUCUGGUGCUGAGGAAUACGUCGCGUUGGGCAAGACAAGUUCUAAUUUGUCUGAGUCUCCUGCAAACCUCUCAGGUAAAGAGUCAGGAGUUCCCUAGAAGAUGACCGCGCUCUCAGCACUGCCAGGGAAGCUCUGAAUGCGUGGCUUGCUUGGUCUUCUCCCCGCUGGGAGCAGCCAUUCCCCGGCUGGUGGCAGCCCUCUUGGUGCCACCAGGGAAGCUUUCCUGGGUUCCUUCCCUCUGGGAGGCGCCGUUCCUUGGUUGAUGGCCACGCUCUCGGCACCGCCAGGGAAGCUCUGAACAUGCAACUUGCCUGGGCUCUUUCCCACAAGGACCUGCAGGCCGAGCAGGUGGGGAUGGGGACUGGCUGUGCCCGCCGCUGCCCAAGCGGAAAGCCCAAAGAUGGACAUCCUGGAUGCGUGUGCUGCCCUCAGCGCUUCCCCGACACCUGCCUGCCACCACCGCUACCAUGCCUUGCCUGCUUCCCCAGCUGCUCUUCUUUAAGUGAGUACUCAGCAGCUGGGAAAACCAGGAGCCGCCACUUUUGCCCUGCCAGGCACCACAGAUCUGCUCAGCUCAAGUUCAUGAAAACAACAGCGAGGCAGGUGGGCAGAGCCUUGCACCAUGAUUGCUACUGGUUCUCUGAACCAACAGCCAACAUCAUUACCAGAUCAAGAGAUCCGGUCCAAACCGGGAGCAUUUCACCCUUGAUUCUGAGACAGAAUUAUGAAGAGCCUCCUGAAUCCCCUCCACAGGCCUUUGUAGGCACUGGUUAUCCAGUUGCUCCCAAUGAGUGGUUGAAGGAGGAUUUUGCCAAGGUGCUGGAUGUCAACUUGCUUGGGCUGAUUGACAUGACACUCCACAUGCUUCCCCCAGUGAGGAGAGCCAGAGGGAGAGUGGUCAAUGUGUCCAGUUUGGCGGGAAGACUGGCAGCCUACAGAAGUGGAUAUGUCCUCUCCAAGUUUGCUGUGGAAGCCUUCUCACUCUGAGGUAAAACUCAGUAGCUAUUUUUCUUGUUCAGCAGCAAAUGAUUUCCCCUCACUACAUUCGAAGCAGCAAGACAUUUAGUCCUUCUGGCCUAUAUUUAGCGGGGACAUGUUUCAGAUAGAAAUUUGGCCUGCGGGUUCCAGUCCUGCAGCUGUAUGUUCAAGCAGCUGUAUAUGUAUAGGUAAGAGUAAGAUUUAUGGUGGCUAAUAGCACACUGAACACACAAGCACAACUCUGUGAGGCUAGUUGGAAGAAGAGAAAGAGAUUGGCCAAAGGUUACUCAACCGGCUUUGAUGUUUUAAGGGAGGACAUCGCGCUCAGAGUCUCUCUAUUUUUAGCCUGUUAUCUUAACUACUAUGCCAAAUGAACAUAUAACGGCUAAAAUGUAUACACUUUUUCAUGAAAUUUGAAAUGGUAGAAGAACAAAUGUUAAAAAGGAUUGAAAUCCAUAUUAGAUUAUACUUUAAAAGAACUUUUUAGAAAAUGAGGUAAUGUUGGCAUUUUAGAAAAAUUAUCUAAAAUAUGUCUGAAGGUACCUCAAAUCUAUAUUGCAAAUGUUGGCAACACAAAAGGUCAUUUUAUCAUAUCAAGUAGACUUGCAAGGAAGCCAGAAAAUUUUGGGUUCAAAUACACACAAAGAUACAAAAAUUUUAAAGGCCAAUAUUCAAUUGAAGUUAAAAUUGGAUAGACAAUUAGAAAAGAAUUCUGGAAGGUUGUUUUUGUAAAUGAUAAUUGCUGCAAUUUUUUAUGUGUAUAAAAAUAUACCCACAAUGGCAUUCUAGGCAGAGUACAUAUUGCUUCAACCACCUAUUUCUCCUACAAAAAUAACUUUGUGACUUAGGUUGACUGAGAUGGAGGAAAUAACCCAAGGACCAUUUGUGGUUGGAGUAGAGUAAAAGCUCAGUCUUCCUGCUCCUAGUCCAAGACCUUUCCAAGGAAGGAAAUAAAGAGGAACACACACAUGGACAAGUAGCUGGAAACAACCUUUUUUAAGUGGACACAAAACUUUAAAAAUACUUUUUUCCAUUUGUACCUAACUUUGUCAGAACAUGCUGUGGCAAUAUCUUCUUUUUCCUCUUAUGUCUUCUUCUUGUCCCCAACUUCUUACUGAGACAGCUAUAAGAUAUUCUUAGCAUACAGUGCUGAAGUGAUGUUAUUUAUUUAAAGAACUAAAAUGGUGGCCUAUCUCACAUAGCAAUCCUAAGUCAUUCCUGCAAUCAAUAAAAACAAUAGAAUAGAACCAAGCACCAAACCAACCAAACUAUUGAGUGUUUGAUUCAACCCACUUCCUAGCUCAAUGCUUGAGGAAAGAACCAGAUCUUCAUGGUCUUCCAGAAGUGUAAAAUGGUAGGAAUCCCCUGAAGUUCAGGUAAGAGUCUAUUCUGAGACGGCUACAGAAACGAAGUGAGGCCUCAUCAGAUGAGAGUGUUAAAGGGAAGGAUCCACACAAACUGACCUAGUGGGACAGGCAGAUAGUCUUGGGGAGUGAAAGCCAAAUCUGGCCCUAGGCUCUGCCUCAGUUUACCUUCCCAAUAAGCAACCGAGUCAGAAAAUCAUUUAAAAGCAGUUUAUUAGGGUACCCUGAUAAAGUGGGGUCUCUCUAUUAAAAAGGAAGAGAGAACCUCAAGCCCCAUGUUUCACUCCUUUUUUGCACAAAAAUUGGUCACAUGUAGUCAGACCAGAGGUGGGUUUCAGCAGGUUCUGACCAGUUCUGGAGAACCAGUAGCAGAAAUUUUGAGUAGUUUGGAGAACUGGUAGUAAAAAUUCUGAUUGGCCCCACCCCCAUCUGUUCUCUGCCUCCCGAGUCCCAGCUGAUCAGGAGGAAAUGGGGAUUUUGCAGUAACCUUCCCCUGGAUUGGGGAAGAAAUGGAGAUUUUACAGUAUCCUUCCCCUGCCACGCCCACCAAGCCACACCCACAGAACCGGUAGUAAAAAAAAUUGAAACCCACCACUGAGUCAGACAUGUUAUAUAUUUGCCUCCCAUAAUAUCACACGUUCAUUAAAAUGAGGCCUGAUGUCAGAAGGGGCAUAAUUGUAAGGAAAUGGGUUGUUGAGAGUUCACAAAAGAGAUAAGCCAGACCCCAAGUUGUACUAACAUUUUUUUCUUACCUGGAGCUAGUCUCCAGCUUGUUUAUCAGUUUAGAAAUGUUAAAAGCUAAUAAACCUGUAAUGUAUUUCAAUUUUAGGAGGGAAAUUUGGGCGGGAAAAUGCACGUUGCUGAUUGGCUGAUGCCUCAGCCAAAAUACUAUUUAAAGAGGGGUUUUUGCCUGUUGGCUUUUGCUGGGAUCACAAUAAACCAAAGAGCUGUUGUCACUUG